AUGAUAGACAUAAUUGGUCUUUCCGUCCACGUUUUGAAUGUAAUUUUGAUGUCUCUGACGAAGAACAGCAAGACAUAGCUUUUGCAAAAAUUAAUUUAAAGCAUAUAAGACACUGAUCACAAGGACAUUUUUGGGAUUUCACUCAAGCAAUAGUAUGAUCAACUUCAGAAUUGUAUUAGUGCUAUGAUUGUGAUAGCAGUAGUAAUUUUGGCGUUAGUCUACUUGCCUAGAGUAAUCUUAUUUGUAGCCUUCCAACUUAGAACAAAUAAUCAGGCCCUUUAAAAGAAAAUAUUUGUGAUAAGAAUAGUAACAACUGUUAUAUUGAUUCAAGCAGCUAUUGCUUGUAUUGUCGCACUCACUACAUUAUACUUGGAAAACGACAAGCAUUUCUAUUUUAUCAAUAUACCUGGAAUAGCAGUCUAUAGUGUAAUUCUAUUUUGGGGAUUAACUAUGGAUAUCUACUUUAUUGUGGUUUACCAAAGGAAUUUUAGUGAAAAUAAGACAAAUAAUGGAGGCAUUAACAAAGUUUAGAAUUAAAAGGAAUUGGGUCUUAAUCUCUCAAUUAAUGGCAACAAUAAUCACCCUAAUAGAUUUGACAAUGAAACAUCUAGAAAUAUCACUUAAACUAAUUUAGUCAGCUAAGAUGUCACUUACGAGCAAGAUAGGACUAUCGAAAAUGAUUUAACUCUCCAUACUAAAAACUGA